GCUGGUGCAUUUGAAGAUGCUGUUGCUGAGUUCAUCAUUUGGUCACUUUUGAUCUUGACCAUCCUCAUUCCCUUGAUUUCCUUCGAGAGGAUUGAUUUUUUCAAGAAACAUGGGCUAACGGUGCAACAAAAAAUUCUGGCUAGAGGCGACAUUAUCUCUGCAGAGGAAGAAAUUGCAGAUUCUGUUUUUGUUCAGUAUGUAAAAGUUCCACCAGUUUCCGGCAUACCUUUGGCUGCCGACGGUACAUUUCCCGCCGCCGUAACUCCCGCGGCUACAGCUCCUGCCGCCGCUACCCCUUCUAAUUCCACUGCUCUGACUAUCACUCCAGCCAGCCAAUUUUUUCUUCCGCCAAUCCCUCUCAGUCUUGGGCAACACCCUCCCGCCAGAUUUAUUGCUAUCGCCAAUCUUCUUAAUUCUCUUCGCCUGCGAAUUGAACGGAAAACCCAUUUUGAGAAACAAACCCCGGUUGUCCUCCUCGAAACCUUUCUUGCCCUGCACCUUCCUAAAAACGGCCCUUUUCUGCAAAAUCCGAUCUUUACCCAUAGUUUGCACCUGGGGGCCUCGAAUAUUGCUUAUUUCCACUAUGGGGCGGUGGUGCUCGACAAGAUCUUGCAGAGA